UGCUGCACUAACUCAGAUAAAACUAGAACUGUGCUGAGCAGAAAAGCAGCUCAGGUUCAUGAGUCUCCUCCUACUGUUUGACUGCAGCUGUGAACAUCAGACCAAACACAAAACCUCUCACAGAUAAUUCAUCCUGAACUCCAGGUCCACCAUUUCUCCUCUGGAAACAUGGAAACACUGGCUGUGAUUUGCUUCUUUUCAGCUCUCGUAGGUAACAGCCUGGAAGAUGAUAUAACUCCCAGCAGAGCUGAAGUGUUUUCAUCAGAGCGUCAAAGAGAAACUCUGUCCUGUAACUACUCAGUUGCAGCUCAGAACCUGCAGUGGUAUCGACAGGAUCCUGGAUCAGGUCCUCAGUUCCUUCUCCUCAUCACUGAUUCAACAAGUCCAACUGUGGUGAAAGCAGAACCUCCAUACCCUGGACUGACUGUAGAACUGAAGAGGGACAGAAAACAAGUAGAUCUGGUGAUCUCCUCUGCUGCAGUGUCUGACUCUGCUGUGUACUACUGUGCUGUGAGACCCACAGUGUUUAUACUCUGGAAAAGAGCAAAAGGCUCCACAACUGAAUAUAUUCCUGAAUUUAACAAGCAGCUGUUUGUGGAAUCAGGACUUUCCAGGCUUCUCCGUCCAGACUCUACGACCAUGGUGGACAGAGGCUUCCUAAUUGACAGCUGUGUGCCCUGCAAGGUGCAGCGACCUGCAUUUCUGUCGGGAAGACCUCGAAUGCCUGAAAACGAGGUUGAGGAAGAACAGGCUGUGCAGCAGAGAAGCUGCUUAGUUUCAUUCUGCUGCAGAGGAAGAACUUUGUUCAUCUGCUGUCUGACUUCAACAAGAGAAAACAUGUUACUUUACCUGCUUCUACUUUUCUCUCACUACGUAGCAAUGGGCUCCAUGAACAUCAUAAAACAGCAAAGCAGUGAAGAAGUUGUUGCUGAGGGAAGAAACAUCAAUGUGAGCUGUGAAUAUGAGGGUUCUAUCUACAAUAUCCAGUGGUACCGACAACAGCAGAGAUCCAGACCAGAGUUCCUGCUCUACAUCACAGAGGAAGGAUUUAUUCAUCCACCUGGGUCUGAUUUCUCAGCUCACAUAAACAAAACACAGAAACAUGUAGAUCUGGAGAUCUCCUCUGCUGCAGUGACAGACUCUGCUGUGUACUACUGUGCUCUGCAGCCCACAGUGACAGGAAACAGCAAAACUCUGUACAAAAACCUUUGGAGCAAAGACAACGCAAUACUCCACAACGUCCACUAGAGGGCCUCACACACUGUUACACUUCUAUGGUUUGUCAGGAUUCAGUCUGGGUUCUUUGUACAGGUGGAAAUAAAGUAAACAUCACUGUUUUCUACAUCAUUGAACUCUA